AUGAUGAAGGUUCGCAAGAGAAACUACAAAUUGUUUAGCCGGUGCUUAUGUCAGCUCGAUUUGGUGAUUGGCCUUUUCAGCUUCUACGAAGCGUGUACUGCGCCCGGGUUGGACACCAUUACUUGGGCCGGCAUUUUCCUGGUGGCCUAUGUGCAGCAUUUGAUGGUGGGUAAGGAGAUGGUCGAUUUAAGCCCUCAGCUGAUGAAGAUCCUUGGGAAGAUCGUGGCCUACAAAGCACACAUCUUGGUGCUGCUUUUUAUCAUUGCAACCGCUUGGACGGGACAUCAUGAUCAUGGCUUGAAGUUUUCUUUGAUGCAGGGCUUUCAGAUGGCCUUGCGCUUCUGUGUGUCGCUGUGCUUCUUCGAUCCUUGGGUAUCGAUCCCCUUCAAUUUCAUCUACUUCGUAGCUGACAUGUUCAUCUACCUCUUCGUGGUGGACCAGGAGAACAGCAGCAUGCCUCGGAUGGGCUUCAUUUUUUUGCAGCCAAGUCUUCAUUUUGGUGCCUUUGGAUUGAAGAGUUCAGAUGGCUAUAUGUUGAGUCGCACCGAUGCGAGUCUUGAAAACUCCGAUGCCGAGUCCUUGGUCUCGGGCUUCCGCAGGGUUCUUCGGGGCGUUUGUGAUGGUGAAGUCCUCUUGGACAACCGCAUGGAGGUGGCGCAAGAGAGUGAGUGCUUGCAACACUUGAUUCGGACCGAUGAGAAGCUCGCUGGCCGAUCUUUUAAAGAGCUCUUGGUGGAGGACGAGAGGCCUCGCUUCGCCGACUUCAUCGCGUCGUCCACCCGUGCCUUCAGGAUGCCGGAGGGCGAACCCACGCCGCCCUGCUGCCUGCGCAUGUCCUUCGGCUCUGGGGCAUCGGCGACGGCGUCAGGCGGAGUGGCAGGCGUUGCGGCAGAUAUUUACCAUGUGCCGGUUCCAGGGCUCUUCGGGGCGCAGGAGCCAUACCACUUGAUUGCUUUCAAGGAGGUGCCGUGGAUGAAGUUGCCCGUGGGGAAAAAAUUGUGGGGUAUCUACAGAUAUCACCAGUUAGCUUUGGCAAACUUACAACUUCGUUUUCCGUUUGUUUUUACUUUUGUUUUUGUAAAUGGAGCUCUUUGGGGCGAUGGAGGUCUUGAUCGGCCCUAA